AGGAGAGAAAUAACAAGAAGGAACUAUUCUCGUGUGCCAUGAGAGGGAAAUGGGAGAAGGUCAUUGGAAUGUACAGGCAAGAUGCGGGGCUUCACAAGGCCACAAUUACUCGCUCAGGACACACUGCUUUGCACAUAGCAGUCGCUCAUGGGAAGGAGGACGUGGUGGAGAAGAUGGUCGACGCCAUGUCCCGGAAUGGAGAGGAACGCAAAAAGGCUCUGCAAACUUCUAAUAAUAGAAACAACACUGCCUUGCAUUUAGCGGCUUACACAGGCAAUUCCAGAAUGUGUCACAUCAUUGCUAGCUUGGAGCCUACCUUAGUGGAUGAUCGUAACGUUGACGGUGAGACGCCUCUCUUCUUGGCCGCUAUCCAUGGCAGGAAACAAGCGUUUCUUUGCCUUCAUUUCAUCCGAAAACCUCACAUCACUACUCCUCCCUUCGAUGUUAACUGCAGAAGGAACAAUGGUGACACUAUCCUUCACGCUGCAAUCCAUGGUAACUACUUUGAUCUCGCAUUUCAGAUAAUUCAUCUGCAUGAAGACCUUGCGAAUUGGGUGAACGAGAAAGGGUGCUCCCCUCUGCAUUUGCUGGCAUCAAAGCCGUGUGCUUUCAAAAGCGGAAGCUGCCUUGGAUGGAUGGAAACCAUCAUUUAUCACUGUAUUUAUAUUGAGAAGCUUAAGUUAGAAAAUCAAGAACAUCAUAAAUGCCCCGGUGCAGCCGAGGACAGUGAUUGUCAUGAUUGUCCUGACAACUACAAUAUCCUGUGGGAAGCCUACAGUCUAAUAAAAACAGCGGUCAAAGUUGUAGCGGGCAAUAUUUCUAAACCUUUUGAAAGAGACGCGGAAGAUCCAGGAGAGGGAGGAUCACGAGAAGACGGAGGUCGGGCAAAUCCGUUAUUUCCUGCUAAUUACCAAGCUUGUUGCGAUUUGAUCAAGUUCUUUUAUCUGGUGAUUGUGACAAUGUUCGGGAAAGGAUCUGAGGAAUGGAGGAAGAUAUAUGAGAAAAAGCGGACCCAUACAUGGUCUGUUCAGAUAGUGAAACAACUUCUUCACUCCACUUCCUUGCAUGAGUACGAGGAUGAUGGGGGAAAACCUCAAGAAGGCUAUAAUACGACUUCUCGACAGGAUGCCACCUCCGACCCAUCAGAAGUCAAACCUAGCAGCACCAACGACAAAGAAGAUAAACAAAGUCCUAAAAGGACUACAGCAGAGACUCCCAUAUUAGCGGCAGCAAAGACUGGUGUGGUGGAAAUGAUAGAGGAAAUAGUGGAGUUCUUUCCGGUUGCUAUAUACGACCAAAAUGAAGAUAAGAAGAACAUAGUGUUACUGGCAGCAGAACACAGCCAACCUAAAGUGUUUGAGUUCUUGCUGGAGAAGGAUAUUUACAAAGACAGCCUGUUUCAUCAGGUGGAUAAGGAUGGAAACAGCGCACUGCACUUGGCAGCCACACUUGGUGACGACGAGCAUUGGCUCAUUCCUGGGGAGGCUCUUCAAAUGCAAUGGGAACGCAAGUGGUACAGGUUCGUGAAAGAGACAACGCCAUGUGAUUUCAUUGGCCGAUACAACAGGAAGAAUGAAACCCCAGAUGUUAUCUUCGCCAAAACUCACAGGGACCUCGAAAAAAGGGCCGCCGACUGGCUCAACAAAACCUCAGAAUCAUGCUCGCUGGUGGCAGCACUAGUUGCCACGGUCGCCUUUGCCACCGCGGCCACCGUGCCCGGCGGAGUCGUUCAAGAAACAGGCCACCCAACACUUGAAGGCGAGUCACAAUUCCAACUGUUCGCCAUCUCAUCACUCAUAGCCCUGGGCUCCUCUGUCACGGCCCUGGUGAUGUUCCUAUCUAUACUCACUUCUCGAUUUCAAGAGCAAGACUUUGACAAAGUCUUGCCCACGAAGUUACUGAUAGGUUUGACUUCCUUGUUCGUGUCGAUUGCUUCUAUGUUGGUUUCAUUUUGUGCUGGACAUUUCUUCGUGCUCAAGGAUACACUUCAUUAUCUUGCUCUUCCAUUAUAUGGGGUGACCUGCCUCCCUGUAACGCUUUUUGUUUUGGCACAAUUUCCACUGUACAUUGACCUUUUAUCGGCAACCUUUAAGCAUGUUCCCAAAAGUAGUGGCAGGCCCAUGCUGCUUGACGUCAAUGGCGAUCCUCAGCAAACUCUGGCCAACAAAGUAGAUCGUAUCAUCAAUCUCUUAAGCCAUGGAGCAGGAAAGCAACAAGAAGGGAAUGAAAAAGGAAUGGGGCAAGGUCAUCAAAAUGUACCGGCAAGCUGACCCUCAUCACUUGUUACAUGCCUCCACUUGAUUUGAACAGUGGAAACUGGACACUCUCAAGCCGAUCUUGUUGACUUACUAUUAUAUAUGAUAUAUAUGUAGUAACUUAACUUCGUGUGCAAGUAAUUUAAUAUUUUAUGGUGCUUGGAUGUAAUAAA